AUGGCAAAGCAAGGCGGUUGCAUAUGUCGAAAUGUUCGCUUCAUUCUCGAAGGCGACCCUGUGGUGAAGGCUCUGUGUCACUGCACAGAUUGCAGGAAGAUCACAGGCAAGCAAGCACUAUCUCCUUGUUCCACAUACAGCACCAACGUUCUCUAUCCGGAUGGCCAGUUCAAGGUGACCCAGGGCACUCCCAAGCAAUAUAGCAAAAUUGCCGACUCAGGGAAAAGGAUCGUGAUCUACUUCUGCGGAGACUGCGGUUCCUCGAUGUGGCGCGAGACUGAGAGUUCGCCUGGCAUAAAGGUCGUCGCGGUCGGUACGCUUGAUGACUUCGACGCCUUGGAGCAGGCCAAGCCUGUCGCCGAACUCUUUGCCCCAUCCCGACCAAGCUGGAUUCCCGCAGUUGAAGGGGCGGAGCAGAGACAGGCCAUGUGA